GCCGUUCAAACGAGCUAACAUGAAAAGAGCAAGGGAGGAGACGGUGCAGCGGAUAAACAGCAACAGGACAAUCGGACGUCGGGAUUUAUAUGCAUGAUAAAAAUAAUUCUGGUGAAGGGGAAAGAUAUUUGGACUCCUACGGUCUUCCAAGUUGCGCCUUUAUCUCCACACAAAGCCGAGGUUGGUGUGUUAAGCCUCACUGCAGGGCAGGAGCACACAGCUCAGGAAGAUGGCAUCACCGUUUGUGCCUGUCCCCGUGCCCUUGGACAGAGCCUUGUCCGGCGGCGGCAAUAAGCUGAGGCGUCCACAGCGAGCGUCUUCUCUGGGAAGCGUCUCCAGCAGCUCGGACGCUCCUGUCGCCAGGGCGACGGGGGGCGACCACGGAAGGGGAUGCGGAGGAUCGGGUUCCCGGCGGCAGUCCAGCAGCACGGACAGAGCCGGGCGCAGCCGCACGCCGCCACCCCUGCAGAGUCCCGUGACUCGGGCCAGGAUGAAUGGGACCCUGGAGUCCUCGGUGGAGUACUCGAGCUGCCCCCGCUCCGUGUCCGAUCCCUCUGGAAGCCAGCAGAUCGAGGAGAGACCCAUCACCCCGACUGUGCUGGGGUAUGAGGUCAUGGAGGAGAGGGCCAAGUUCACGGUGUAUAAGAUCCUGGUCCGGAAGACUCCGGAUGAGAGCUGGGUUGUUUUUAGGAGGUAUACUGACUUCUCCAGGCUCAACGACAAGCUAAAGGAGAUGUUUCCCGGCUUUCGCCUGGCGCUGCCUCCCAAGCGCUGGUUCAAAGAUAACUACGACAGCGACUUCCUGGAGGACAGGCAGUUGGGCCUACAGGCUUUUUUGCAAAACUUGGUUGCACACAAGGACAUCGCCAACUGCCUGGCAGUCAGAGAGUUCCUGUGCCUAGAUGACCCACCUGGACCUUUUGAUAGUCUGGAGGAGAGCAGGGCGUUCUGUGAGACUCUGGAGGAGAGCAACUAUCGUCUCCAGAAGGAGCUGCUAGAGAAGCAGAAGGAGAUUGCCUCCCUAAAGAAGAGGCUGGAGGAGAGGGAGCAGGCCAUUCUGCUACUGGAGAAACAUAUCAAUGGUGAGUCUGUGAGCCCAGAGUCUCCGUGUGGUCUGUCAGCUCAGGGCAGUGAGAGCAGUGCUGAUGUAGACGUGGAGUCGUCUGCUGCAGAGGCUGAUCAGGACAUGAACGAUGACACCAGUGGCAGGUGUAUGGUCCAGCCGGUCCGGUCCUCCGCCUGCUGGUGCGGGCCGUCACUCAGCGUCUCUCCUCCGGUCAUCGAGGUCACUCAGCUGUACCACGACAAGCUGGAACACUAACAGAGAACCCUGGUCCUCCUCAUCUCCUCUUUCUCCUUCCCUGUCGCUUCCUAUCCUGCUGCGUGGAUCUGUUUGUCGUUAACAGGGAGGGGUUUUUUUUACAGCGGGCCAUUGGAUGUUUUAUAUUGCCUCUGAAGAAGACUUUGAAAACCUCAGACUAAGUUGGGUUUUCCUUGAAGCGUGCGAGGGAUCCCCCAGUUCCUCACGGUUCACUUUUGAUCCGCCUACUGUGUCUCACAAAGCCAAAGUUUGGCUUCUUGACCAAAAACUAUUACUAGAUAACUUGAAGACCACGAGUUUGAUAACUUUCACAACUGGGACAAUCUCUUUAGGAAACCUGUACCAUCAUCUCGUCGGUUCCUGCAGGCUUGUGUUGUUCUCAAAGCAGAGACACAACACCCUCACGUGGAUAUAGGAAUAAUUCUGGAUAGAUCCAAAGUCUGGCUCAAGAUACGAGUUGCAAACCAGGUGGGUAUCAUAAAGGUUCUGUUUGUAAUUCCGCGUCAUUUUUUUUUUUUUUUUUUUACUGACAUUGAAUGUCAUUUGUAUGGGAAGGCCUACAUUUUUGAGCCAGGUCAUUGUGUUCUCCCAAGAUCAGUUGCCUAAGGGUCUGCAUUCGCUUCUGUUUAGAGUGUUAUGCGUGGUUUGUGGUGAGCCGAGUCCUGUGCAGGAAUGGCCUUAUCUGUAACAUACCGUACCAACAGAGAGCCAAGGAAUGUACCAACCAUUGUGUACAAUAAUCAAGACAUUUCCCUGUCACAUUUCAACAUAUAUGCACAUGUAAGGUUUGCAUCUUGACAUUUGAUUAUGCUGUUAUGGUCUUACACUUACACUAUGGCCAAUUUUAAAAACUGUGAUGCCUCUAAAAAGUGAUCAGUUCUUAACUUUAUUUACAUCCUUUCUAUGGAGUGAUUUACUAGGGAAGGGUCUAUGUGCCUAGUCUCUGAGUACCCAUGCAUUGACUUUAAAAGUUGAGUAGUUUUUUCCACGCACACAAAAGAAUACACGUUUUUCUACUGACCUCUGAAGGUGUGUAGGCUGUGAUGGUUUCUUCUGCUGAAUAUUUUAAGAUCUUUUCGGUUUAGGUGAAAAGAAUCUUGUUUUGGUAAAUUAUAUUGGAGAAAAACUCAAACAGUCUUUCCCUUGAAAGAAAUAGUCACAGUUGACAGUAAGACUUGAGGACACCGCCUGAGUAAACACUUUGUUAGGAUGGAAGAGUCUUAAUGUUCCUGCAGAUAGACUACAUGAGAUUUUCUACCUUUUAACAACAUUUAUUUAUUUUAGCUUGAACCUUAGCUGCAGCUCCCAAUUAUCUUACAGUGGUGCUCAUCUACUUGGUAACUCAUGACCCGAUUAUUGACUUGGUUUUAAUAAUUCAAGGCUACAUAAAGAAAUUUAAGAUGCAAAUCUCUCUAGGUAGGUAUUUUAGGAAGAACUGGGUGUCAUAGACAACUGAUCAACUGAAUUCAGCCUUGCUGAGUCUGUAUCAGCAUCACAGCUGUUACUAAAGCAAAGGAAUCAUCAAGAAAAAGCCAUGUUUUUUGACAUAAAUAACACUAGAGGCACCGGGCUUUUCCACGUUGUAAUGUGUAUGUGUGAAACGAGCUGUAUAAUAGCCACAGCUCAUGUUGACGUCGUCUCAAAGUGACCUGAAAGACAGGUCAUGUGAUGCACUUUAUGAAUGAAUGGAAACACUUAAAGCUUGCUAGGAUGUCGGUUUUAGUGCACUGAGACCGAAACCUGCCUUUUGAAUCGUUAAAUCUGUCUCUGACUCCCAGCUUGAUCUAAUAUGUUAACCUAAACCUGUAAUGAGUUGUUGUUGUUUUUGUUUUUUUUGGUUUUACAUAAUUCCAAGUGCCUUAAAUAUCUUUCGCUCAGCUUUUUAUUUCAAUGUGAAUAGCUUUAUAGAUUUGUGCGGGACAUGAAAUAUACCCAUUGCAUCCCAAUAGUGUUUAAAAAAACAAACAAAAAAAAGGUCUAUAUGUUUUUGCUUGGAAUUGACUGAACAUGACAGGGAUUUUUUUUUUGUAAAAUGAAUUAAUAUGACGUUCACCUGUAGUUGCACUAUACAUGUAUAUAUAUAUAUAAAAAAAAUGUACAUGAGUAACAUGUGUUGUCACCAGUAAUGCCACAGACUUAAAGGGAUUUAAUUCACGGAGGUUAUCAGAUCAGAUAUGUAUACUGUAGAUGAAGUUCAUCAGAAAGAAAUGUUUAAUUCACACACACUAAAUAAACACGGAGAGAUAUAUUUAA